AAAUAGCUUUGCGAAACUGCAACCACCCAGAGCCACCAUUCGCAAUAUUACCACCGCCUGAGACAAUUGUUCCAACCAGUCGCCCUGUCAACCUUGUUGGCAAAUCCCUCAUUCUCCAUCACCCUCAGGGGGAGAAAACCUUGGUGCUCCACCGCUGGCAACGGCGUCUUUUUUUUGGCGCAAGGUACCAACACCAACGGGACUAGUAUAUUAGAUUUUAUUUAUACAUCUCCUCACCGCUCUCCAUGACUCAAGGUCAUUAUCAUCCUCAUCAUCGCCGCACCCUCUCGGGUUCGAAUGUUCCUAAAGUGAGAUCGGCUCGGCCAGCACUACAUCGGAAAGGCACAUCCUUUGUGAACCACUCCAUCGCCAAGCUAGGCUCAGGGAAUCCUCGUCGUUGCGAAUCGGACGACGACCGUCAGCCCGAGAUGGCGGCCAGCUUCUUGAAUUUCUGUGCCAUGUGCGAGAGGCAGAUUACAGUACCAGAUAACUCGCUGCUUUACUGUAGUGAAAGCUGCCGUCGAAAAGAUUCUCAUAAACCUCUCUCGGCCUCCUUCUCCUCCAACAGCUCUAUGCCCUCUUCCUCGACUCCUCCUACUUCACCUCCCAUGUCUCCUCGAAUCAUAGUGGCCCCGAUGACGCCCACGAAAGCGCCCAUGUCGACUCCGGCUAUUCGGAUACCGGGCGAAUUCAAUGAUUCCAAGACGGAUCAGGAUCCCUCCGAAUGGAAGCCCGUAAUACCGAUGAGUGCCAGCGGCGCUGAGCCGCUGGCCUCUUCGGAUGCGUGGCACUACCUGUCUCAAUUCCAUGGCGGCGAGGCCCCGCUCAUGCGUCGUCCCAAAGCCAAUCGCAACAGUUCGUCCAGCCUGUCCACUCUCAUGAGUAGCUCGGGACCCAUUCCGUCCCUCGCUCAUACGCCGUCCACCGUGGCGUCGUCGGUCAGCAGCAAUGCGUCCGACUACUUGAGCUACGUGCCGGAAUCGGCUUUCCGCCCGCUGCCGCCUCGGCACAACCCUUCGUUCUCAAGCAGUGCUUGUGCCACCAAGGGUGUCGAGCUCGUCGUGCCCCAUGUGGAAAUCCAGGCGGACGAUGCCCCCGUCGACGACACCAGCGGAUCGAUCUUCCCGGCCAACAGCUCCCUUUGGGAUGAUGUCCCGAGCGAAAAAGCUCCUCUGGCGACUGCGGCAAUUGCCAUCACCGCCAAUGGGGUGUCUACCGGUCCGCGGGCAUCUGCAUGAAAUACGCGAUUGAGGUUGCAU